AUGUCGGCCGAGAGAAGGCCUACGCCACUGAAUUAUGCUGAUGACGUUUCUGAUGAAAAGAACAGCCAAGCAGCGGCGACGAAAGACUCAGUGCCGAGGACUGUCCCUGAUAUAUCAGAUGAUAACGAGGGCGAGAUGGUUCCGGCAGCAGGCCGCAUUAACGAGAAAGGAGAAGUGACCGACGAUGACGGGAACCCUAUUGGUAAAGUAACCGAAGGCGACGCGCACAAGUUUGCCGGCUUCAUUGUCACGCAAGAGGGCGAUGUGCUGAACGAGGAAGGCAGUGUAGUCGGUAGAGCUGAGCCUUUGAGUGACGUCCCGUCCGAGUUUAACUACACCACCGAACCUGCAAAAGAUAUCUCGGGAGAACAACCAAGUCAAGCUGGUGGUGGCGAUAUUGAAGACGCAUCGGGAGCUGUAGGUGAUACCGACGACAACGCUGAGGCUGCUAAGAAAACAGCUCAAGAUGUCGGCGAUACAACUGAAGACACAUCAGGAGCUAUAAGUGAUACCAAUGGCAACACUGAGACUACUAAGAAAACAACCGAAGAUGUCAGUGUCAGCGAUAGAAUUGAAGACACACCGGGAGCUGUAGGUGAUACCGAUGACGACGCCGAGGCUGCUAAGAAAACAGCCCAAGAUGCCGCCGAGGGUGUGGAACAGGCUGAAGGAAAGGGAACAGUUGACGCCAAAGAUAUGGUCUCCAAACCUGGCUCGAAUCUUGACUUAGGCUCCGAGGCUAGUGGAAUAUCUCAGCGAGGGCUUGCCCCUAUUGAUAUCCCGCCGCUUUCACCAUCUGUGGCUAAUAAAGUAAUUGCUUUAUUCGAAGGCCCAUUUACAGUCGCAGACGGUGGCAAGGUUACUGACCAACAUGGCAAGAUCAUCGGCAAGUUAGCCGACGACUCGGACCUUCAAGACUUAGUCGGCAAGAAUGUCACAGGCAUAGACGAUCAGGGAAACCUCCUAGCCGACAGCGGCACCAUUGUUGGGAGAGUUGAUAUUGCGCCCGAGGGCUCGAUUGCCGAGCGUGUUAAGGAGGCAGUUCCUGAAGCUGCCCCGCGCCUUGACGCCUUGAAACAACAGGCUCAACAAGCUGCGCCAAUACAAAUUCCAUCAUUCGCUCCGUCUGUUGCCGAAAAGGUCAUCGCCAUGUUUGACGGACCGUUUCACAUCGGCGAGGAUGGUCAAGCCACAGAUCAGAAUGGCAAAGUCCUUGGCAAGCUAGCGGAGGGUCAAGACUUGGAGAACUUGGUCGGUAAAGAUAUCAAAGGAGUCGACGGCAAGGGAAACUUGCUUGGCGACAAUGAAACCAUUCUUGGGAAGAUUGACUUGGUUCCUGAGGGGACGAUAAUGGAACGCAUAAAGGAAGAAGUCCCCGAGGCAGCAGACCGGCUUGAGGCGCUCGAAGCUGCCAAGUUGCCCGAUAUCUCCAUCCUUGAAGGCAUGACUAUCAAUAAAGCCGGCAACGUUGUAGAUGAUAAUGGUAACCCGAUCGGUAAAGUCAAAAGCGGAAAUAUCAGUAAGCUGAUCGGAAAGACAUCUGACAAGACUGGGAAGGUUUGGGACAAUCAAGGCAAUGUUAUCGGCGAGGUUGAAGUUCUCCCUGAAAAGGUCCAUAAUGAAGCCGCGCCAUUCGAAGAUUUCCCAGACGCGACUGUCGAUAAGUUUGGCAAGGUUAUUUUUGAUGGCCGCCAAGUGGGUGUGGUUGUCGGUGAUGAUUUCCAAAAAUUAAUUGGGAAAAAGGUGGAUGCCGACGGUGACAUCCUUGACAAGAAUGGCAAUGUACUAGGUCACGCUGAGCGCGCCGAAGCCGAGGAGCCUGCGGAGCCUGAGGAGGAACCCGUCGACUACUCGAUGAUUCGUGAUAAGAAGGUUAAUAAGCUAGGCAACGUCGUAGAUGACAAAGGUCAGAUUUGGGGCCGUGUCGUCCAGGGCGUUCUUAAGCUCCUCGUCGGUAAGAAGGUCGGCGAUAACGGAGAGAUCUUCAAUGAUGCUGGGCAAGUUAUCGGUAAGGCCGAGCCUAUCCCCGACAGCGAACGCGAGGAAGUAAAGGAGCCUGCGCCCUUUGAAGAUUACCCCGAUGCUAUCGUUGGUGAUCAAGGCCGAAUUAUGUCCAACGGCGAGCAAGUUGGGAUUCUGGUCGAGGGUGAUCCCAAGAAACUUAAGGGAAAAUCUGUAGAUCCCGAUGGCGAUAUCCUCGACCAGGCAGGAAACCAACUGGGCCACGCCGAACGAUGGGAGCAAGAAGAGCCUGAGCCGGAACCAGAAGUUGAUAUGUCUGCCCUAGCUGGUAAGCGCAUCAAUAAAGCCGGCAAUGCUGUCGACAGUCACGGCGAUAUUUACGGUCGCGUCAUUGAGGGCGACCUCCACCGUUUGAUUGGUAGGAUGUGCGAUAAGAAUGGCUUCAUCCGCAACGAGGGAGGCGAUAUCAUCGGGAAGUGCGAAUUAAUCCCCGAAGCCGAACGCGAGGGUAUGAAAGAGGGCCCUUUCACUGAGCUCCCCGGCUGUACCGUCACCAAGGAAGGCAAGGUUGUGACACCUGGUGGCGACGUAGUUGGCCGACUCGUCUCCGGUGAGCCUAAAGUUCUCUUCGGACGCACGGUUGAUGACGACGGCGACAUCUGUGACAAGAACGGAAACGUACUAGGUCACGCUGAGCGUUGGGAGGAAGAGCCAAUCCCCAAAGACAUCAAUCCUAUGUCAGGUCGGAGGGUUAAUCGCGAGGGCAACGUCGUCGACGAGAAUGGUGACCUUAUGGGCAAACUUACCUCUGGCAUAUUGAGCGAGUGCGCAGGUAAGAAGAUCGACGACGAUGGUGAUGUUAUCGACAGCAAAGGAAAUGUUUUAGGUCACUGCUCAUUGCUCGCCGAACUGCCUGAAGAAACGGAGGAGGAAAAAGAAGCCCGCCUACAGGUAGAGCAAGACCAAAAGAUUGCUGGUAAAAUUUCCUUCUGUAUUGAGCAGUCGCUGGACAAGAUAAAGCCUAUUUGCAAAAUGAUCGUUGAGAGAAUCGACGCCGAAGAGCGCAAACCCGAAGAUGAACGUGAAGAGGAAGAACUCGUCAAACAAGUCCGCCCCCUGAUCGAGGAAGGCGGCAAGAUCCUAACCGAAGCCAACGGAGUGAUCCGGGGGCUUGAUCCCGACGGCCGUAUAGCGGCUAAUGCUAAACAUAGGACGGCCGCGCGUGAAGCAAGCCCUGAAGAAUACCGGCUCGCGGAUCUGUUGAAGGAGCUUACGGGCACCGUGACCGAAACCAUCGAAGGCGCCAAGCGCAAGCUGGAGAAUCUUCCGCACGCCAAGAAAGCGAUUAACCCACUCUGGGGACUCCUGUCUGAGCCUCUCUUCCAGAUUAUUGCGGCUGUCGGCCUCCUUCUUAGCGGUGUCUUGGGACUCGUCGGCAAACUACUCAAUGGACUUGGACUAGGCGGUCUGGUUAAUAACUUACUCGGAGGACUUGGUCUUACGAAAGUAUUGGAUGGCCUCGGGUUAGGCUCAGUGUUGGCUCCCAUUACGGUCAAGAAAAAAUAGUUUAUUAAUUUUCUAGUGAUAUAGGUCUGGAUGGGUUAGGUACUUUGGGUAGUUAGGCUACCCUCUUGUAAGGGGUGCUCUUUGUUGUAAAAAUAUUUAGGGCGAGGAGGUACAUAUAAAGCCCCCUUUGAUGAGUAAUGAGUAUACUGAAGGAUAUAGUUAGGUAGCUAGCAAAUGUAUUUAAAAUAUGUUUCUCUUCCC